CAUCAAUUCCCAACUAUCCCUUCCCCUUUGACUAUAAAAUGGGAAAGGGCAAUUAGCUGCCCGUUUAUCACUUUCUGACUUCUUCGCCAUGGAAAGUAAGUCUGAGGGCAAAGUCAUCAUCGACUUAACCCUCUCUGGGACGUCUUCUUCUUCAGAUGAUGAUUUCUCCAUCUCUCCAGCCCAAUCCAACGACAUGGCCGGGUUGAGUCCUGGCGAGUUCUCGAGACUUUAUCCGGCGCCUUGCCUUCCUGCACCAUCUCCUCCUAGUCCACCCAGGCUUCCCUCCGGGGAGAUAGACUGGGACUCCAUGACUCUCCAGGACUUCGCCUUGUACCAGAGGAUGUGCAGGACUAAGCUUGGACGUUCUCUGCUAACUGUUGAAGCGAAACCUUCAUGUGAAAGCCGGACUGUUUCUCCAAACCUGCUGAAGCCUUCCAGCCAUGGUUCUUCAUUGAAGGGAGCAGCCCCUCGUCCUGGGACAUGGGAAGACUAUGACAUAUGGGAAACCGCUGGUUCAUCAACGUGUCCCUCUUCAAAGAGAAGGAGCCCAUGGAAGGGUCCCCCACCUCCUUCUUGUUGACUGCAUGGAUACAAUAGGCCCUCCUUCAGUUCCUAGCCUCCUGCAAAUCAAAUUUCUUUCCCUUG